AUGCGAUCGUUAGAAGAGCUAUCUCCGGCGGAAAACCUAGAAAUCGAGAACGGCCUUUCUCUCGUCUCACGCGUCAAGCUCUGUCUCACAAUCCACUCUCUUAUCCCUACCGUAUCGAAGCCAAUCGACGAAUGGCAGCUCAAGCGAUCCUUGAUAGAUUUCCUCAAGAGCUCAAUCUUCCCUUCCGUGACAGUUCCCGAAGAAGAUAUCGUUGUUCGGCGUCACAGGGACUUGAAGAAACGGAAGCGGGAGGAGCCAGUAGCUCACGGAUCGCUAUUUAUCCGCGAUUUAGGGUUUCUCGAAGGUAAGAAGGGGAAGAAGAAGGUUGAUGGAGAGAGAGAUGUGAAGGAGUUGGAGAAGAAGUUUAUUGACUGGAGGAGAGUUUUGGUUGAGAAGAUGAAUGGAAUUGAGCUGAAUUUGGAAGGAGUCAAGUAUAAACUCAGUGUUGUGCUUCCGGUUUCAGAUGAUUUCGAGAGGGUGAAGAAAGAUUGGGAGGAGUUUUACGCUUUUGGACAUCCAAGAGAGAUAAGAAGAGAGGCUGAUACUAUGGUACUGAGAGGUGUGCCUUCAAGAUGGUUUGCAGAGCCAAGAGUUUCAUCAAAGCCUUCAAUGUUGGUUACACAUACAAUCUUCUCCAGCUUUGGGAAAAUUAGUAAUCUUAAUGUUGCUGAGGACGAUGAUCUAGGUAAAGACGCAGAUGAGAGCAAUGGAGGAGACCUCGUGUCAGGUCUCCAUUGCAAGAUUGUGGUUCAGUUCGAGAAGUACAACGACUUCGUCAAUGCCAUGAAGGCUUUCUCUGGUCGCUCAAUGCAAAAGGAAGGUACUCGGCUAAAGGCAGACUAUGAGCUAACAUGGGACAAGGUUGGUUUCUUCCGGAACUCGAGGAGAGCGUUGGAUAACAGAGACGAAGCUAUUGGUUACAGUACGGAUGAUUUACGCCGAAAGAGAUUCAGGGAGUAA